AUCCCUCGAACCCCCCUCCCCCUCCUUAAAUCCCCUCUACUCCGCACAACUAGCUAAAACCAACUCUCUCUCUCUCUCUCUCCCUCUCUUAUCCCAGUGGAAGCCCGCGCCCUCCCAGCCGUUAGCUGCCUCGCUCCGGUCUGCUUGUUGUUGUCUCACGGGGCUUGAGUGUGACGUUGUGACGGUAUCAUGGUUUACAGGGCUCCGUCGCAGUAGCAGCAUAAGAAGAGGAAGGAGCAGGACAGUAGCUGUGUGUACCAAGCAGCCAGUCCGGAUUCUCUUCCAUCUCCCAUCCUAUCGACCGGAGGACGCAGCCAGAACAAGCCGAGCAUCCACUCAUCUAGUCCCGUCUCUCUCUGGUCUGUCGUCCCUCAUUGCUACGCUCGGUGAUCAUCAGCUCUGCGGAGCUCUCUGUUUGAUAAAAGGUUGUGACCAGGGACCUGGUAGUUGUUGUUGCCGCUGUAGUCCAUCGCUGAGGUUGUCUCAGAGACCAAGUGUGUUUCGCCACGGUGUUGCAUCGUUGCCAUGGGGAAACAGAACAGCAAGCUGCGGCCAGAGAUGCUUCAGGACCUGAGAGAGAACACCGAGUUCUCCGACCACGAACUACAGGAGUGGUACAAGGGCUUUCUGAAGGACUGUCCCAGCGGCAACCUGAACGUGGAGGAGUUCAAGAAGAUCUACGCCAACUUCUUCCCGUACGGAGAUGCCUCCAAGUUCGCCGAGCACGUCUUCCGAACGUUCGACACCAACAACGAUGGCACCAUCGACUUCCGGGAGUUCAUCAUAGCGCUGAGUGUCACGUCACGGGGAAAGCUGGAGCAGAAACUGAAGUGGGCCUUCAGCAUGUAUGACCUGGAUGGGAAUGGGUACAUCAGCCGUGAUGAGAUGCUGGAGAUCGUACAGGCCAUUUAUAAGAUGGUGUCAUCUGUGAUGAAGAUGCCGGAGGAUGAGGCCACGCCGGAGAAGAGAACAGACAAGAUCUUCAGACAGAUGGACCUCAAUAAUGAUGGUAAACUGUCACUGGAAGAGUUCAUUAAAGGUGCCAAAAGUGAUCCCUCUAUCGUGCGGCUACUCCAGUGUGACCCCAGCUCCGCCUCCCAGUUCUAACCCCGCCCGCCCACCUGGCCUGCCACGCCCACCCCGAUUGCUAUGGAAAUAGUAACUCCAAUUAGUGCAUGAUGGUUCUCAUCACUCAUAUAUUUUUGGUGUACAAGAUGGAGGAAGUGUUUUAAAAGGAGAUAAAGCAAAAAUCAUCAUCAUUUUACGUUACUUUUUCUUAAAGGAAAGAAGGGACAUGCAUACAUUAUUAUUCAGAAGAUGAUACGACAACUGAGAAUACAAAAAACAAGCCGUUGUCCGAUGUGCUUUACUGUCUCACUUCUGGAAGAAUGGGAUGGAAUUCCGCUGAGCUCCGCUGCCUCACAACGUCAGAAAGUCCGUCUACCAUUUUUACAAAAUCUGGGAUUUUGGGGAAGAAAGUUAAUGGGAACAUUCCAUCCUGAGAACCAUGCACGUGUCAUCUGUGUUCUAAUCAUUCUGUUCCAUAGAUUCUGUUUCCCUCCAAUUAAGGCACAGCUCCUCCAAUCCACUUCCACUUUUUCUAUCCAUAUUUAUGUGUAUAUACAUGUGUAUAUGACAUUAUACGAAAUGAAUAGGCAAGUAUAUCUAUCUGUCUUUAUAACUCUUGUUGCAUUCAGAAGGCAGUAUCAUGUAGAUGUGUUGUUUGCUCUGACCGUUUGUUCAUAGAGGGAACAUGGGACUGGGCCAUGGAAGGAAGUUGUGAUGUUUCUGAUAUAUGAUCUUUCACUGCGGAAAAGAAAGCUGUUGAAGAUCCCAUUGGGUUUUUAUUACUGAUGUUAAAUGUAUUGUUAUAUUGAUUAAUUUAAAUGUUUUAUUGUUAUUAUUUUUUUGUACAUAAUAUUGUUUUCCUCAUGUUGUUUACUUGUAUUUACUUAUUUUCAUUAUUGUGGUUUUAAUUUAAUUUGUCAUUGAAGAUGAUUAUAACACAGUACUGGAGAGGAAUCGAUUGAAAGGGAAAGAAAGAAAGAAAUGAUAUUGACUUGUCUUUGGAAACCGUCUGUCCCAUAUCUGUCCAAGAUGGAAUGUUGAGAUUCCAAAAUUCGGCAUUGGAAGGGAAAAAGUUGCAAAUUCGAGAAUAUUUAUAUCAGUUGAUUCCAUAAUGCAUUUGAUCAAUGAAACCAGUAGCAACACAUUAUAUAAUUUGAGCCUCCACAAGUGUAUGCAUGCAUGUAUGUGUGUGUGUGUGUAUGUCUGAGUGUGUGUGUAUGUGUAUGUUUUUGUGUGCAUGUGUGUACAGUAUGCAUGUGUACAGUUUGUGUGCAUGUCCAGGCUUUAAACUUUAACAGUAUUAUACAUUUGUGUUGUUUAUUAUUAAUAUGUCAUAUAAGUAUUUAAAGUUAGUUAUUUUAACACUUUAUCGCAUCACUGAGCAGUGAAGUACAGUAGCCACAUCGUCACACACCUCACUGCAUGGUACACAAAACAACACAAAAAAAAACCAUCACAAAACAGUUCCAUUUUAUAGCUCUACUCUCUUCAGCAGCGCUCUUACUUCAACCUACCAGACCGCACACAGAAGACACACCGACAUGCCGUCGUUGCGCACUCUUGUGUGUGUUUGUCACUUUGGGACAAACCCCCUCCCUCCUGCCUUCUGCCAGACACAGAGCACAACACACUAAGGGCUUGAUUAUCUCUAUCCCUGCUGGACUUGAUUAUCUCUAUCCCUGCUGGUCUUGAUUAUCUCUAUCCCUGCUGGUCUUGAUUAUCUCUAUCCCUGCUGGUCUUGAUUAUCUCUAUCCCAGCUGGCCUUGAUUAUCUCUAUCCCUGCUAGUCUUGAUUAUCUCUAUCCCAGCUAACCUUGAUUAUCUCUAUCCCAGCUGACCUUGAUUAUCUCUAUCCCAGCUGACCUUGAUUAUCUCUAUCCCUGCUGGACUUGAUUAUCUCUAUCCCUGCUGGUCUUGAUUAUCUCUAUCCCUGCUGGUCUUGAUUAUCACUAUCCCUGCUGGUCUUGAUUAUCUCUAUCCCUGCUGGUCUUGAUUAUCUCUAUCCCUGCUAGUCUUGAUUAUCUCUAUCCCAGCUAACCUUGAUUAUCUCUAUCCCUGCUGGUCUUGAUUAUCUCUAUCCCUGCUGGUCUUGAUUAUCUCUAUCCCUGCUAGUCUUGAUUAUCUCUAUCCCAGCUAACCUUGAUUAUCUCUAUCCCAGCUGACCUUGAUUAUCUCUAUCCCAGCUGACCUUGAUUAUCUCUAUCCCUGCUGGUCUUGAUUAUCUCUAUCCCUGCUGGUCUUGAUUAUCACUAUCCCUGCUGGUCUUGAUUAUCUCUAUCCCUGCUGGUCUUAAUUAUCUCUAUUCCAGUGCUGUUCUUUAUUAUCUCUAUCCCAGUGCUGUUCUUGAUCAUCUCUAUCCCAGUGUUGUCCUUGAUUAUCUCUAUCCCAGUGCUGUUCUUGAUUAUCUCUAUCCCAGUGCUGGUCUUGAUUAUCUCUAUCCCAGUGCUGUUCUUGAUUAUCUCUAUCCCAGUGCUGGUCUUGAUUAUCUCUAUCCCAGUGCUGUUCUUGAUUAUCUCUAUCCCAGUGCUGGUCUUGAUUAUCGCUAUUCCAGUGCUGGUCUUGAUUAUCUGUAUUCCAGUGCUGGUCUUGAUUAUCUCUAUCCCUGCUGGUCUUAAUUAUCUCUAUUCCAGUGCUGUUCUUUAUUAUCUCUAUCCCAGUGCUGUUCUUGAUCAUCUCUAUCCCAGUGUUGUCCUUGAUUAUCUCUAUCCCAGUGCUGCUCUUGAUUAUCUCUAUCCCAGUGCUGGUCUUGAUUAUCUCUAUCCCAGUGCUGGUCUUGAUUAUCUCUAUUCCAGUGCUGGUCUUGAUUAUCUGUAUUCCAGUGCUGGUCUUGAUUAUCUCUAUUCCAGUGCUGUUCUUGAUUAUCUCUAUUCCAGUGCUGUUCUUGAUCAUCUAUAUCCCAGUGCUGUUCUUGAUUAUCUCUAUCCCAGUGCUGUUCUUGAUUAUCUCUAUUCCAGUGCUGUUAUACAUUCCUUUUCAAUGUGUUAACCGAGACAUCGAGCAGUAGAUAGUGGAAUUGUUUUAAGGCACUGAUCACUUAGAGGUUGCAUUCCAAGUAACACCCUAUACCCUAUAGAUUCCACUACUGGUGACCGUCAAGGCCCAGAGGACUCUGAAUAAGCGCAAGGUAAAAAUGUAAUAUAAGGGUAGGUAAUAAACCAUUUAUAAACCAUUAAUGAGGCAUUUAUAAACCGUUUGCUCACCAUGUAUUAAUCAUGACUCCCACAUGUGUCAGGAAGCUAGUUAUUCAGACAUGUAUAUAUAGUUCCUUAAACAUCCUGUGUUGUGUGUUUGGUUCUAUCACCAGGUACUGCUGGAAUGUCUACCAACGGCAUGUCCAUCUUGUCGUGACAAAUUACACUGCUCACUCCAUGUUAUAAAGUAUUUAUAGCAUAAAGAGCACUCACUUUAGAUUAGGGGCUGAAAAAAGACCUUACUAGUGAUUAGUAAAUGGUUUACAAAUGUUGGAUUAAUGAUUAAUACAUGGUGAACACACACUUUAUAAAUGCCUUAUAAAUAAUUUAUUACAGACCCUUAAAAUAAAGUGUUACCGAGUGCACACUUCAGGAGAAAGGACAUGUUAUUUGGAAUGCACCCCUAGUUUCCCACAAUGUGUACUGCACUGUACCUCUACUAUGGGCUCCCAGUUCACUGCCCCCUGGUGGUUGGAUGGGCUUCCAGGGUCACUGCCCCUGUGGUUGGAUGGGCUUCCAGGGUCACUGCCCCUGGUGGUUGGAUGGGCUUCCAGGGUCACUGCCCCCUGGUGGUUGGAUGGGCUUCCAGGGUCACUGCCCCUGGUGGUUGGAUGGGCUUCCAGGGUCACUGCCCCUGUGGUUGGAUGGGCUUCCAGGGUCACUGCCCCUGGUGGUUGGAUGGGCUUCCAGGGUCACUGCCCCCUGGUGGUUGGAUGGGCUUCCAGGGUCACUGCCCCUGGUGGUUGGAUGGGCUUCCAGGGUCACUGCCCCUGGUGGUUGGAUGGGCUUCCAGGGUCACUGCCCCUGGUGGUUGGAUGGGCUUCCAGGGUCACUGCCCCCUGGUGGUUGGAUGGGCUUCCAGGUUCACUGCCCCUGGUGGUUGGAUGGGGAAUAUUUGCUGCUCCACUACUGCAAAAUUAUGGUAACAUUCCCAAAAUGUCCAGGUUUUCUAGAAAUCCUGAUAAAAAAAGAUUCCCAGAUUUCCAUACUUAUUCCAGGAAUUCUUCCAAUUUGGAUUUCUGGAAAAACCUGGACAAUUUGGUAAAGUUACCCUACACCUUCCUACCUCCCCUUUUUCUGUUGCAUGACAACCUCUAGUGAGGAUGGAUUGUUCUGUUUUGACCCGAAAUCGAUAACAAAUAUACCUUCUGUGUUUCAAACA